AUGGCCCCCGUGUCCGUCCUCGAGCGCUCCGAGGAGCACGCGCCCUUCCAGCUCCCCGCCGACUUCGCCCGCUACGCCUCGGAUAGUGACGCCUCCGCCUCCGACGACGAUGUCGACAUGCAAAAGGAUGCCACCGAGGAGGAGCUCGAGAGACUCGUCUUUGGCGACCGCACCGGAUUCCGCGACGGCGUGAAGAACUUUGGGCGCCAAGGCGAACUGGUGGUUGCCGACGAGGAAGAGGAAGGCAGCGACCUGGACAACGUCGCAGACGCCGAUCUCUUCUUCGUGGAUGCCGGGCCUGAUGCCGCCGCCAAAGCGCUCGUCCCCGCUCCAGGCGCAGAGGACUCCGACGACGAUUUCGCCGACGCUGGGAGGGAUGCACCCGCAUGGGAAGACAGUGACGACGAGCGCAUGGUGGUCUCGCUGGCCUCGGUACCAAGGCUAAGAAAACUGCGCAAGACGGAAGAUGAAGACCUGAUCAACGGCAAGGAGUACGCGCGGAGAUUGCGGCGGCAGUUUGAGCGCCUGUACCCGACGCCGGACUGGGCGGUGCCAGCGACAAGAAGGCCCUCGAGGAAGAGGAGAAAGAUUUCCGAGGACGCAGGGUCGUCGGCGGAGGAGGAUGCCUCGUCGGAUGAGGAUAUGGACAUCGACGACGACGACCUCUCCGCCCAGCCGCUUGCGAAGCUGCUCAAGGACGCCGACAGCCUCACGCGGAGGGACACUACGGGAGUGGGCAAGAAGCGGAGACUUCGCGCCGAGGUGCUCGACAUACAGCGCACAAAGGACAUCAGUGGCAUACAGCCGUCCGCAAUCACCUCUCUAUCUUUCCAUCCCACCCUUCCACUCCUGCUCUCGUCUGGUCCCAGCUCGACUCUCUACCUCCACCACGUCCAGCCCGUCCCGCCGAACCCCAAUCCCCUUCUCACGUCCUUGCACAUCAAGCGUACUCCUCUCACCACCACUGCCUUCCACCCUUCGCCCGACGAUUCGCGCAUCUUCCUCAGCGCACGUCGUCGCUAUUUCCACGUCUGGAACCUGGCGGCCGGCACCAUCGAGAAGGUCACCCGCGUAUACGGCCACCAACAGGAGCAGCGCACUAUGGAACGCUUCGCCCUGUCCCCCAACGGCAGGUACAUGGCUCUGCUCGGCUCCGCGCGCAAGGGCGGCGGCUACAUCAACAUCCUGGACGCUCGCACGCUGCAGUGGCAGAGCCAGGCGCGCAUCGAAUCGCGCGGCGGCAUCGCCGACUUUGCGUGGUGGGCCGACGGCAACGGUCUCACCAUCGCGGGCAAGAACGGCGAGGUCAGCGAGUGGGACGUGGUGGCGCAGCGGCUGCGCGCGCGCUGGGUCGACGAGGGCGCCAUCGGCACGUCAGUCGUGGCCCUGGGCGGCCGCAGCGGCCGCGACGACUGGCUGGGCGGUGACCGCUGGGUCGCAGUGGGCAGCUCCAGCGGCAUCGUCAACAUCUACGACCGCCGCGCGUGGCUGCCCACCGCCGGCAACAAACCCUCCAACGACGACUCCAACGGCGGCGUCCCCGCCGCCCCGAAGCCCGUCAAGGUCCUCGACCAGCUCACGACACCAAUCUCGCAUCUCCGUUUCUCGCCCGACGGCCAGCUGCUAGCCAUGGCCUCGCGCUGGAAGAAGGACGCCCUCCGCCUCGUGCACCUGCCCAGCUGCACCGUCUACCGCAACUGGCCCACAAACGCCACCCCGCUCGGCCGCAUUACCGCCGUGGCCUUUGGCGACGCCACUGCCAUCAGCGCCGCCGCUGAGGAGAAGGAGGGCCGGAGCGUCGAUGCCGAGCUGCUGCUGGCGGUGGCCAACGAGCAGGGAAAGAUCAGGAUGUGGGAGAUUAGGGCCUGA